ACCAUGACACUCCGACCUCACACUCUCUGCCUCCCUCAAGCCUCCCUCACCCCAUCUCCCAAACCCUCCCACCACCAAACACCCAAACCCUUCUUCACCCCACCUCUCAAUUCCCCAAACUACCCCUCCCUCUCCUCCUCCCCCGGCCUCCAAUUCCGCGAAAAGCUCAUCUACCUCGAGACCCACCUCCACGCAAAUCCCCAAAAAGCCCUCGAGAAAAACCCCGACUUCCGGUCCUGCCCCCUCUCCUCCGUCCAGUCCGUCGUCCACUGCCUCUCCUCCAUGGGCAUCGAACGCGCCGCCAUGGGCCGCAUCCUCGACAUGCACCCCCAGCUCCUCACCCUCGACCCCCACCUCCACCUCUACCCCGUGUUCGACUUCCUCCUCCACGACGCCGCCAUCCCCUUCCCCAACAUCCGCACCUCCGUCGUCCGCUGCCCCCGCCUCCUCGUCUGUGACGUCGCCUCCCAGCUCCGCCCCGCCCUCCGCUUCCUCCUCCGCCUCGGCUUCAAGCGCGUCACUGCCCAGACCACCGUCCUCCUCGUCUCGAGCGUGAAAGGCACGCUCCAGCCCAAGGUUGACUAUCUCAGGAGCCUCGGGCUGAGCCAGAAGGAGGUGGAGAACAUGGUGGUGAGGUCGCCGGCGCUGCUGACGCUUAGUAUAAAGAACAAUUUGAUGCCCAAGGUGGAGUUCUUGGUUGGGGAGAUGGGGAAAGAUGUGAAGGAGGUGAAGAAGUUUCCGCAGUACUUUUCGUUUAGUUUGGAGGGCAAGAUUAAGCCCAGGCAUAGGUUGUUGGUCGAGCACGGGUUUUCGCUGCCUUUGAGGGAGAUGCUGAGGGUUAGUGAUGGAGAGUUCAAUGCUAUGUUGAUUGAGAUGCGGUUGGAUUGCGCCGGAUUCUAAUGUGUUGGUGAUUUUUUCUUUGUAUAUGGAAAAUGAUAGUGGAGUUUUUUGUGGUGAUCUGCAUUUGCCUAAUGUUGAUUGUGUUAUUUGUGUAUAUGUUUUUUUUUAAGACAUGAAUGAUAAACACACUACGGUCGUUGCUGUUAUUCUAGUGAGUAGGAUGCUCAGGUUUUAUCUAGUGUUUGAGCAAAGUAGAGAAUUCAGAAUUGUGCUUGAGUUGAUCUGCACAGAACUUGAGUAAUCAAUCUAGGUUAUUGCAAAGCCAAGUUUCCGAGAAAGAAGGUAUUAAGAUCUUGGAUUCUGCAGCUCUUGGACUAACCCUGAUGAGAUCAACAGUGUCGACCAAAUGAGGCAAAUGGAUGAUUCAAUUAGAGUUAACCAGAUUCGAACACAUAAGGAAAAUCUCUGACAACUAAUGUAAUUAGAAUGCACCAGUCAGUUGCUGCGACAGUUUGAUGAUUGCCUGAAAAAAUGGACUUCUAUCAACGGCUUUGAGUUAUGUUUUGCCGCGGAUAUGUGGAAGGCAACCACCAAGCUGUGUACAGCAGGGGGUUCAGUUCCGCAACCACAUAAGCCCUGUCAUUAGUGAUUAGUCCCUUGCCAUAAGGAAAGGAUGGUGCUAAUGCCUAAGAACGAGGCACAAACCUCUUAACAGUGAGAUCAUGUGUGUUAUUAUUAUAUAUAAAUAAUGGUUCUAUAGAGUAAUCUUUUUGCUGCCUCCCCACUUUUCUUGGCUGCCAAGGUUUGCUGUGGCAGUUUAGAAUGCUGCCUUCUUCCUACUAUAUAUUUCACUUCAUAUGUUCGAGAUGA